GCUUCCGAGCUUGGUAAACCGUGGAGAUGGAAGCCGAAACUGCUCUUUGGCGCAGGCAACUGCUGAGCAGCCGCAGCAGGAGCAGGCACUGCAUCUUCUUCGCAACCUGGAAGACAGGCGGCUGGUGCUUGAAGCGCUGGUGCCGCAGAAGGCAGCGAAGGCCGUUGCGCCUCAGUUUCAGAUCAGUAUUGGUGAUUCGAUGGGAGCGGCAACGGCCUUUCGCAGCUGCGAGGCUGCAGGAGCACCGAUGCCGGCUUUCUACGGGGCAGUAUUGCUGAUGAGGCGCGAGCUGCUAAAAUGGGCUUCGGCCCCCUUUUCCACUUCCGGCCGUGCCGCUUCCUUGGAUGCAGCACGUGGGGCGGCUCUCUGUGCGCAGCUCUGUCAGACGCACCCGGUUGCCCCUGAGCGCCGGGACGCAGGUGACCGUGCCAUCUUUCGAAGGCUCCAGCGCCCUGUGCAGCAAGCACUGCAAGCUUUGCUGGGUGCCUGGCGGCCGCCCGUGUUUCGGCAGCGUCACCUCCAGACCUCGCCCAACCUUGCAGAAAGGCAAGAGGUGCUGCGCCUGGUAGCGGCCAUUGAUGAAGGCUUCGGGCGAGAGCUGCUUGCCGAGCUCCGGAUUGUCGCAGCGACCCAGGCCUCGCUACCCUGGAUCAAGCGGGCUUUGGUCGCACUCACCUUUGCUCUGCGUUCCUUCGGUGGUGCUGAUGGAAGAAAGCGUCUGCCAGAGGCACCUUCCUCUCCAUUGGGAUCCGUUUGGCUCGAGGGAGAUCUUCGCGGGCGAGCGUUUGAGGUGAGCUUUCCAGGACAGCUUGAAGCUCGAGGAAUUCCGACAUCCAUGCGUGAACUGGCGGGCCGAGCUGCGAGAGCCCAACUCUUCAACCUACAGUCGCAGCCGCAAGCCAAUUGCCUGAGUUGCAACCAGGAGGCUGCGAUGCUUCUAUUCCGGGCACAGUCGAUGGCACUCGCUGCGAGGCGAGCGCCAAUCAGAAUGAUGGUGCCGCGACUGCCACCUUCGCAGGCUCUCUUCGGCAUGCCUGUGCGCUGUUUCAGUGAGAAGGUCACGGGUGGACACCCGGAGUUUCAAGACAAGACCAUGAACGAGGCUGCCAGAGCCCGGCAGCCACGGGCGCCGAUUCUGAUCGUUUCGGCGAUGUGCGUGGUAUUGAUGUUCUGGUGGGCACCGGCAUUAUUUUCUGCGGUUGCCUUGGGCAGUGUGCUUGGUGAGGAUUCCACUCACAAGGCUUUUGCUGUCGGUGGUCAAAGCGAGCGGGGUGACACGAAGCGGGAGCAGAUGAAGCGCGAGUAUGCGGAGCGCCAGGCGCGGGAGCAAGCCAACAAGUGA